GUUUGGUGGAAGCGCGCGGACGGUUUGCUGAUUCCCACCCCAACCCCUCCUUGCCCCGUGGGCUGAGUGUCAGUGGCCUUAGUGCUCCAAUUAUCAUCCCCUCAUAGCCAAGGGAUCAGGCCGCAACACCCAUUCAUCUAACUGGGUGACCUUGUUUGUUUAUUUAUUCACAUUACGACGGACCCUGAUUACGUUUUUUAAACGGUCCGUUGCAGCAUUUAAACCGUUUGCAAGUUUAACCGGUUGGACGGUGUGGUCGAGGCCUUCAACAGCCGGCGGGGGUGCUGGCAUCUGCCGCUGCCCGCAGGUCGCGUUAGCCCGAUCGGCCGCCUUGUGCUUGUCGCCUCCUCGGGCUGUUUGGCGGGGCCUGGCCAUGCCUGUGAGGAACAAGUCUAAAUUGUCGAGCAGAGAUACGGCUCAGAGUGUGGAUAACUACACGGCGGCGACGGAGGCCACAACAGCAGCGGACACCUUGGAGCAGGAGGAGAAAUUUCAACGCGAGGAAAACAGAAGCGAUCCGGACAUUGUCAAAUCUCCCAGUGACCCUAAAGAGUACAGAUAUAUCAAACUGGAAAAUGGUUUAAGUGCGCUUUUAAUCUCCGACAUGUCCACUGAACGGGGAGCAAAGUCUGACUCGGUUAUGCAGAUUGAGGAAGAGGAAAGUGAUGAUGGCAGUUCUGAAAACUUGUCGGAUGAAGAUGAUGAUGAUGAUGAUUCUAUAGAAGAAACCGUAGAGGAUUAUGAUGAGGAUGAAUUUGGAUUUUUAACAUGCGCUGGAAACAAAAAAAAUUCAGAAAAGCAGUCAGCAGCUGCUCUUUGUGUUGGGAUUGGAAGUUUUAGUGAUCCUGAUGAUCUUCCAGGACUGGCACAUUUUUUGGAACACAUGGUCUUUAUGGGGAGUGAAAGAUUUCCUGAUGAGAAUGGAUUUGAUGCUUUCCUGAAAAAGCAUGGUGGCAGUGAUAAUGCAUCAACUGAUUGUGAGCACACGGUAUUCCAGUUUGACAUCCAGAGAAAGUAUUUCAAGGAGGCCCUUGAUAGAUGGGCACAGUUUUUCAUUGGUCCCUUAAUGAUUCAAGACACCAUUGACCGAGAAGUAGAGGCAGUGGAUAGUGAGUUUCAGCUUGCAUCACCAUCUGACUCUAGCAGGAAAGAAUUGUUAUUUGGAAGCCUUGCUAGGCCCGGUCAUCCGAUGGGAAAAUUCUUUUGGGGAAAUUCUCAAACUCUGAAAAUUAUGCCAAAAGAGAAGAACAUCGACACUUAUGCAAGACUUAAAGAGUUUUGUAAACGACAUUACUCUGCUCAUUACAUGACUCUGGCUGUCCAGUCCAAAGAAACCUUGGACACCUUGGAAGCUUGGGUGAAGGAGAUUUUUUCUCAAAUACCAAACAAUGGCCUACCAAAACCAGACUUCUCUGAUGCCAGGGAUCCCUUUGAUACACCUGCUUUUAACAGACUUUAUAGAGUUGUUCCUGUGAAGAAAGUUCAUUCUCUGAAUAUAACUUGGGCCCUUCCACCCCAGAAGCAGUAUUACAGGAUUAAACCGCUCCACUAUAUAUCGUGGCUAAUUGGACAUGAAGGUAAAGGCAGUAUCCUGUCUCUGCUUCGGACAAAAUGCUUAGCUCUUGCCUUAUUUGGAGGAAAUGGUGAAACUGGAUUUGAACAAAAUUCAACUUAUUCUGUGUUUAACAUUUCCAUUACAUUAACUGAUGGUGGCUAUCAGCAGUUCUAUGAGGUUGCACAUAUUGUGUUUCAGUAUAUGAAAAUGCUACAAAAGCUUGGCCCUCAGGAAAGAAUUUAUAGAGAGAUUCAGAAGAUUGAAGACAAUGAAUUCCAUUACCAGGAACAGACUGAUCCCAUUGAUUUUGUAGAAAAUGUUUGUGAAAAUAUGCAGCUUUUCAAAAAGGAAGACUUCCUUACUGGAGACCAGUUACUGUUUGAGUACAAACCAGAGGUGAUUGCUGCUGCUUCUUCGCUACUCACUCCACAAAAGGCAAAUUUGAUUCUCCUUUCACCCAAUAAUGAAGGGAAGUGUAUGCUAACAGAGCAGUGGUUUGGGACUUCUUAUGAUGUUGAAGAUGUUGACAAAUAUUGGGCUGACACAUGGGCAAGUGAUUUUCAAUUGAACCCUGCUCUUCAUCUGCCAGAAGAAAACAAGUAUAUAGCAACUGAUUUUACACUAAAGAGUUCGGAUUGCACUGAUACCACAUAUCCUGUGAAAGUUUUAGAUAACAAAAAUGGUCGCCUAUGGUACAAAAAAGAUACUAAGUUUCAAAUUCCUAAAGGUUACAUUCGAUUCCACUUGAUAUCGCCUUACAUUCAUAAAUCUCCAGAAAACUUGGUGCUGUUUGACUUAUUCGUCAAUAUUGUGGCUCACAACUUAGCUGAACCUGCAUAUGAGGCCGAUGUCGCUCAAUUAGAGUACAAAUUAGUGGCUGAAGAGCAUGGGCUAGUCGUCAAAGUGAAAGGAUUUAACCACAAACUUGGGCUUCUGUUCCAACUCAUCAUUGAUCAUCUGGCUGAGUUUGCAACUACUCCUGAUGUGUUUGGAAUGAUUGUGGAACAAUUAAAAAAGAGUUACUUCAAUGUUCUAAUCAAACCUGAAAAACUGGGAAAAGAUAUACGUCUAUUAAUUCUAGAGCAUGGACGGUGGUCUUUGAUGCAGAAGCACCAAACUUUGAUGAAAGGUGGAUCUACAAUUGAGGCACUGAUGUCAUUUGUGAAGAACUUCAAAUCUCAACUUUUUGUGGAAGGAUUAGUGCAAGGAAACUUCACAAGCCAAGAGUCUGUUGAGUUUCUAAAUUAUGUCGUGAAAAAGCUGCAGUGCAAGCCACUGGCGAAGCCAGGACCUGUCCAAUUCAAGGUAGUGGAAUUACCAAAUAAACCACAUGUGUGCAAAGUAAGGUCUUUCAACAAAAAUGAUGCAAAUUCAGAGGUCACUGUUUAUUACCAGUCAGGUCCUCGGAAAGUAAAGGAUUAUGCACUCAUGGAACUACUUAUUAUGCACAUGGAAGAGCCAUGCUUUGAUUUUCUAAGGACAAAAGAAACUCUUGGGUACCAUGUGUAUCCUUCUUGUCGAAAUACCUCUGGAAUCUUGGGAUUUUCUAUUACAGUGGAAACACAGGCAACAAAGUUUAGCACUGAAUUGGUAGACAAGAAAAUUGAAGAAUUUCUUAACGGCUUUUAUAUAAAGCUAACAACAAUGAGUCAAGAUUCCUUCUCUACUCAGGUUACAGCAUUGAUAAAGCUUAAACUGUGUGAAGAUACCCAUCUAGGAGAAGAAGUAGACAGAAACUGGGAUGAAGUUUUUACACAACAGUAUCUCUUUGACAGGCUUAACCACGAGAUUCAAGCUCUUAAGUCAUUUACCAAAUCAGACUUGGUCAAUUGGUUCAACGCCCACCAAGGACACAAGAGUAAAAAACUUAGUAUUCAUGUGAUUGGACAAGGGCAACAUGAACCAGAUUUAACUCCUGCUGACUCAACAUGUGAAUCCAAGUUCACCCGUGGGGAAGCGUGUCAGCUUACUUUUGUACCUGUGUCCCCUCAGAUGGAACAUGCAACCCCCAUUAAUAAUAUAACUGCUUUCACUUCAAAACUCAAACUUUACCCUUUUCAUAAAAUUUUGAAAUGAUGUUUGUCUAUUGGAAAAGGUCACAGGAAGAAUAUGCAAGUGUUUGAGGAUAUGCAGUUUACAUGUAAAAUUAAAUCCUGAUUCUUGGUGUUUUGCUUUGAGAAAAAGGUGUUCCACCAUAAAUUGGUGGAAUUUCAGGCAUAAGUGUGUCAAUAUAACUAGCUAAUUUAAGAGUGUAUUUUGAGGUCUAUGUACUUCACUGAUCACCUAAUAAUGAUGCAAUUGCAUCAAGAUUUAUUGAGGCAAAAUGCUGUAAUUAUUUGGAUGAUAGUGCAGUUUGGUUUAUUAACUCACUUUUUGAAAAGUCACUGAAACACUUUGACAAAGCAUUCUUUUGAAGUAGGAGGAUGUAUUUUAUAAGUGCUCAAUGUGUUUGGCAGGCUUGCUUUUAACUAGUGGGUUUUGAUUGAGAGGAAUAUGGAACUUAUACUAGAUGUUUGCCUAUUUUGUUCAAACCUGCCUAUUUAGAUCUCACCAGUUUUGAAUAGGAAGCAAUCAUUGGUUUAUUCAGCUAUGAUGAAUUCUCCAACUAGUUGGUGUUUUCAAAGACCAAACUGAUGCAUUUGCAAAAAAAAAAUCCAUUAAACAGAACUUUAAGUGAA